GCGCCCUCACUAGGUCACGCUGGAUAAAAAUGGGCCCUAUGGCUUCGACCGAGUCCUCCUGGUGGGCGGGUCAAGUUCUGCUCAGCGCAACGUGACAGACUCAAGAGGCUUCUGAAUCGAGAGAGAGCACGAUGAACACAGCAGCUGUACACACCUACCUACAUUACACUACAUAGAGGCACAGAAGUGCAGCACAGCACAGCUCCAGCGUGUACAGCAGCACCGCUUUUAUUCGCAUGCUGCUUCCUUACAAGCUUUUUUGUAUCGUUUGUGUGUUCAAUUGCGUUUCGCCGGCACGACUCGACCGGACCAAACACGAGCAAGUUAUGGUUACAGUGGAUAUGUUGUAUCAUCGAUUGCUUGAAAGACAACGUUUGGAAUUAGAAGUGGAGCUGAACUAAAUUGGAAAAGAUCGGGAAACUGGUUUGGUUUGCCAGGAGCAGCGUUUGUCGGAUAGACCAACAGCUAGACAGUUCGGCUUGGACAUUUAAUAUUUCUGCAGAAACAAAUCUACAUGCUCGGUGGAGACUGCGGCAGCAAUAUGAACUACAUUAUUUAUGACUCGGUACUGUGAUAGAUCAGCAUUACAAAAUAUUGUUGGAUUAUCCAGGAAAGAAAUGAAUAUGACGAUACGAAAGUGACUCUGGACCUGUGGUUGGUUUACCAGUCAGGUUGUCGGUACAGCUCCCUAAUCAAAAAGGAAAACGGACUUUAAUCCAGUCUUUUUGUGGUUCCUCAUGCACAGUGUGGACUCUCACCGGUUUACUGCAGGAUGGAUGGUGUGGAUUUAACACUUCUCAUCUAUCAUCGUCAGUGCUUGUGUCUCCGUGACUGCAUCUUGUUCUAUUACGUCUAUAAAAGAACACCCCCUCUCUUGGGUUUAGGCCCUAACGGUUGUAGCAGUAACUGUUUAUAAGCAACACAAGGAGAGGCUCUCGGACAAACUCUAAGGCUCUCCGCCCUAUUUUUCUACCUUUUGGAAGUGAAAGUUUACAUUUAGAUUUAUUUUUUCAUAAUUUAUUUAUUUUUUUGAGAGUUUGCUUAUUUUGUUCUGGAUUCAAGAUGUCUAAAAAUCUUAACGAUGGAGCAGAGUUCCUGGCUCCUCCACCGCCAAAAAAUGUGAAUGGUUCAGGCUCAGACUCUCUGCUCGGGGAGAAGCUGGGCACCGAGGUCCGUAAGCGGCGCCACACCAUGGACAAAGAUCUCAAGACGGCCGAGCACAGAUUCUUCCGCCGCAGCGUCAUCUGUGACUCCAAUGCCACAGCGCUUGACCUCCCUAGCAAAGCCUGCAUCCCAACGUCUGUCCCGAGCUGUGAGUCUGUGGCGUCUGUGCGCUCUUCAGGUUUGACUUUUCCCCCUGUUGUAGCUGCUGAGACCUGCAAGACCGUUGUAGUAGAGGAGCAGGCAGAAGAUGUAGUCGAAGCAGUGGGUCUUGCUGGGGCUGAUGUGCUAAAGAAGGAGAUUCCAUGUGUACAGGAAUCGAUUUCACAGCAAACAGAGGUUCCUGGGACAUCAGCAACAGCACCAAGUGUGACUGGUGAGUCGGAGCAUGAGGGUAUAGUAACUGAGAAAACUGAGGAAGAAAAAGAAGCGACGAAGGCUCGUGUGGAAACCGAGCAGAGUGAGGCUGAGAAGAAGGCGCAGGAGGAUGAGGAGGUGGAAACCAAAGCUGUGGGCACCUCGCCGGAUGGCCGCUUUCUUAAGUUUGACAUCGAGAUUGGACGUGGCUCUUUUAAAACUGUCUACAAAGGCUUGGAUACCGAGACGACUGUGGAAGUGGCAUGGUGUGAACUCCAGGAUCGGAAGCUGUCCAAAUCAGAAAGACAGCGUUUUAAAGAGGAGGCAGGAAUGCUGAAGGGCCUGCAGCACCCCAACAUCGUGCGCUUCUAUGAUUCGUGGGAGUCUCCCUGCAGAGGGCGCAAGUGCAUCGUACUGGUGACGGAACUCAUGACAUCAGGCACCUUAAAGACGUAUCUGAAGCGGUUUAAGGUAAUGAAGAUCAAAGUUCUGAGGAGCUGGUGCCGACAGAUCCUCAAGGGCCUUCACUUUCUUCACACCAGGACUCCUCCUAUUAUUCACCGAGACCUUAAGUGUGAUAACAUCUUUAUCACAGGCCCCACCGGCUCGGUUAAGAUCGGAGACCUGGGCCUGGCUACUCUAAAGCGUUCUUCUUUUGCUAAGAGUGUUAUAGGUACCCCUGAGUUCAUGGCUCCCGAGAUGUACGAGGAGAAGUAUGAUGAAUCGGUGGAUGUCUAUGCCUUUGGGAUGUGCAUGUUGGAGAUGGCUACCUCAGAGUACCCGUAUUCGGAGUGUCAGAACCCUGCACAAAUCUACCGUCGAGUCACCAGCGGUGUGAAGCCUAGCAGUUUUGAUAAGGUGGCCAUACCUGAGGUAAAGGAGAUCAUUGAGGGCUGUAUCAGACAAAACAAGGAUGAGAGGUAUGCCAUCAAAGUCCUGCUUAACCACGCCUUCUUUCAAGAGGAGACAGGGGUACGUGUGGAAUUAGCUGAGGAGGACGAUGGGGAAAUGAUUGCCAUCAAACUCUGGCUGCGCAUUGAAGAUGCCAAAAAGCUGAAGGGUAAAUAUAAAGACAACGAAGCCAUCGAGUUCUCUUUCGACCUCAGUAAGGAUGUCCCUGAAGAUGUGGCCCAAGAAAUGGUUGAGUCUGGCUAUGUGUGUGAGGCUGACCACAAGACCAUGGCCAAGGCCAUCAAGGACCGUGUCUCUUUGAUCUGUCGUAAACGAGAGCAGCGCAAGUUGGUGAGGGAGGAACAGGAAAAGCGCAACCAGGAGGCGGCGCUGCAGCAGCAACUGCAGCAGCAGGCGAGCGACUCCCAAAAAGCCAUGCAGAUUGGUCCUCCAGGAACGCCAGGACCCAUUCAGACUCAGUGCAGCGUUCAGCCAUCCACUCCUGGCCCUGGUCAGCUUGAGUCUGAGGAGUGUGAAGUAGAUCAACACCAACAGCUUUACCAUCAAACUUCUGUCUGCUCUGAGACAGUGGACAGUGGACAGGGCUCGUCUGUCUUCUCUGAAAUGCUUCUGAGUCAGCACACUAUGACCUAUAGUUCCCCUGCAACAUCCCAGCAGGCCCUGCAGCAGCAGCAGCCACCUGGACAGGGAACAUAUCCUAGUGCCUCACAAACUACUCAGCAGCACCCUGCAUUUCCCCAGCAGCCUAUGCCUCAGUCACUGAGUCAGGUGUAUGCUGGUGGAGGGGGCUCAGGUGUGUGUGAACCAUCGCUCUCUUUCCCCUCCAUCCCCGAGCGGCCGGUUUCCUUCUCACCUCCACCAUCCUACUCGCCAAAAGGCUUCAACGUGCAGCGCCGCAAGAGCACCUCCAUCUUAGAGGCCCACACGCGCCAUUUUCAGCCAGGGUACCGCAACUACGGCAGCAGUCUCCAUCCGUACUCUAGCGCCGAGGCUCUUGGUUCGGGAGUUGAUCCAACACACUUUAUGCUUCCAAACAUGGCGGCUCAUAGACUGGCUGAGCACAUGCAAGCCUCAACGGAGUCUUUGUAUGGCUAUAAGGACGUGCGUAUGGAGCAAGAGGAUACCGUGCGUAGGCUGAGUCUGAACCAGGCUGUCCUCCGGGACCAUUUGGAGGCUAUGGCGUACAGCGGGUACCCAAUGAUGGCCCAUCAGCUCGCCUUCCAUCAGCAAAUGCAGGCUGCAGCGGCUGCCAGCUUGGCUUACGAAAAUCCUCAACACAGUCCUAGCUACUUGCAUCCACACGUUCCGAACCUUAUGCGCAUGACUCACAGUCCUCUACCACAGCAGACACCUGUUAGCAUGGCUCAUGAAUCCUGCUACCAGGCUCAUCCAUCUUUUCCUCAAUCUGCUCCGCCAGUGCUGGCUGAGCCUGGCACUGCCUUUGAGUUCCACUUGCACAACAUUCAAGCAGACCCGACCACGCUGGCAUCGAGACUGUACCGAGCCAGGCGUGGCUCCAUGGAGCUUAAUCUGGAAGAUACAGCUGGAAGCACAGGGCCAUGCAACCGUCUGCAGCCAGUCACCGAAGAGCUGGGGAGCUACACAAGUCCUGAACUGCCUUUGCCCCCGGGCAGCGUGCUGCUGCUGCAGAAAGAACGGAGUCCAGAACCUUCCAGUGACUCCGUGGCGUCAUCUGAUGCUGGAGAAUUCCACUCUCCGCCACUGCCGCAUGCAGGGCGGCUGACUCUGGACCCUUCUGCGGCUCAGUCUAUUCCCCAGGUGCAGUUUUACACAGGGGAGAGAGGGAGCGGAACCUGCGAUGGCCAUCCUCCCACUCAACACUCGUAUCUUUUCGUCUCUCCAUCCGAGUCAUCCAGCUCCCAUAUCAGCAUGCUACAAAGUGCCUGGGCCAGACAAACCGCCAUCCAGCCUGAGAUUUCCUGCCAUGAGUCAGCGCUAAGCCUACAAGGCUCAUCUUUGCCGAUCCCGGUACCCGUUCCCCAGUCCAGCAGUGCUCCACCUCUUGCCCCUUGCAGCACUCAGUCCUCACCCUGGCCCGACGCAGUCAGUGCACAGUAUGGAGGUUACUACAUCCCAGUACUCGCUUCGCAGGUGGUUCCACAGCAGGUUUCUCUGGGUUCUGCCCCCCAGCAGUCCAGCAUCUCCUUACCCCAGCAGCCCCCUUCACAGCCUGCCAGCUCAUGCCUACAGAGCAACGCCCAAACACACGUUCAGCCAGGGCCUCCAGCUACUCAGUUAUCUGUGUCUGGACUGGGAUCCAUGGCCCAGGGACAGCAGUCACUUCUUGUGGUAGCUCCAUCAGUGCUCACCUCCCCAACAGCAACAGGAACCGUGCCAUCUGCGCAUCCCUCAGCGCCGCCCGCUGCAUCAUCACAGCCCCAAGUGAUGCUCCCUUCUCUGCCUCUUGUGACCACUGUUCUGACAAUCUGUGUGGCUACUGUGCCCACUCCUACUGAGCAGUCUGGGUUAGCAUCUGACUUCCCAACCCAGACAUCUCUGACCGGUUCUCAGACAGUGGAAAUGUCACAACUUCUGACUCCAGCAGCAGCCAUUGCACUGGAAAGCCACUCUGAUGUUGCAUCUGGCAUGAGUGAUGGAAAUGAGGGAGCGACAGGCGGCAGGCACGAGGGCCGUCCAUCCAAACGUCACCAGCGCAGAUCUGUACGCAGCCGCUCACGCCAUGACAAGAUCGCCAAGGCCAAACUGAAUGUGCUUAAUAUCUCCAAUAUAGGUGAUAGGGUUGCCGAGUGCCAGCUGGAAACACACAACAGAAAAAUGGUGACAUUUAAGUUUGACCUGGAUGGAGAUAAUCCAGAGGAAAUUGCUCAGAUCAUGGUUCAGAGUGAGUUUAUUCUGGAAAGUGAACGUGAAUCCUUUAUCGAGCAAGUACGGGAGGUCAUUGAAACUGCUGAUGAAAAAGGUCUGGAGAGGGAAGGCAGCCAGGCUGUGAGUAACCCUGAGCAGCAGGUGCCUACUACAUAUACACCCCUUCAGCCAGGUGCUGGUCUGAGCGCUACUACACAGGUUGUGCACUCAGCAGGUCGCAGGUUUAUCGUUAGUCCUGUGCCGGAGUCCAGGUUGAAGGAACAGGCUUUUAGUGCGGCCCAGCCCUCAACUCCUUUGUUCGAGACAACAAUGGGAUUGCCUGCUAUGGGACUGUCUCAAUCAGCCUCUACUCUCACACUGCAGCAGGCCUUUGCUGAAAUGCGCCAGGGCCAGUACGAUCCUGGACCGAGUACAGCCCCACCUAAUCUCCACUCCUCUUUCUCACCACUGUUAACUGCUGCUAGUUCCCUGCCUCCCUCCUCCACCUCUGUCCUCUCUCCUCCACCCCAGUGUUCAGAGCCAGCUACUCCUACUUUAUCAGUUCCAUCCUCCUCCUCACCUCCUACCUCAGUUGCCCCUGUAGUGGUCUCCAUACCUUCUCAAAUUCCCCUGCCUGUCAAUCAGGCUGUUGUCUCCAGUAAGGCAGCACCACCUAUCUCGGCCUCUUCUGCAUUUCCUCUACCUACUGUUCCAGCACACACUGCCAUCAGCACAGCAGUGCCUAGUACCAUAGCACCACCCUGCCUUCCUGUUUCUGCAAUGACAAAUGUGAAUUUGUUUCUUGGUGCAACCACUGAACAACCCACAAUCCCUAGUACCAUAGCUUUGGUUGCAACCCCAACAACAGCAGUUCAAACCCCUCAACUGGCCCCCAAUGUCAGUUUUUCGCCCCCAGUCACAGCCACUGUGCCCCAGGUACCCUGUUUGCAGCCAGUUACUAGCAGCGUCCCUGUUGUGCAGCCGACGCCGGUGCAUAGCCAGCCACAGUCAUCUACACUGCCCAACCAGGGCCAUUCUCACUGUUCUGAGUGUGAAGGUGAUGCACCAUGCAAAACCAUUGGCAUUGACGACAUUCAUGCCCUGGAUAAGAAGCUGCGCUCUCUGUUUAUGGACCUCGGCGCUGGCCCAGCCUCUUCCCAAGCCGAUGGAAGUGCAACAGAGCAUGUUGUGCCUGGAACAUCUUCCCCAACUGCAACAUCCUCAAACACCCCUCUCCCCCCUGUUAGCUUGCCACUGGGCUCCCCUUUGACCACCCCAGGCACUUGCUCCACCCCGACCAACUAUGGCCAGAGUACAUCUGCCAAACCAUCUCUGUCCAGAUUGUCGGUGUUGCCUGUCGGCUCCGAGCAGGCCGGCACGCCACCCACAGAACAUGCGCCCCUCUUCCCGGGACCUUGUCUAACUCAGUCCCAGCAGCCUUUGGAGGAUCUGGAUGCCCAGCUCAGACGUGCUCUGAGUCCAGAGACUGUGUCUGUUCCACAGCAGUCACCUCAUACUGGGAUGCCUGCUGGAGGGCAGCCAGUUCCAUUUUCUUUGGAAGGAGAUCCAGUGACCACACCUACAGCUGAAGGCUACAAGCUAGGCCGAUUCCAGGUCUCGUUGGCAGCCGACGACUCCUCUCUACAGCCUCCUACCACCACCAGUGACUCAUCAUCCUCCAGCACCUCCUCAUCCACCUCUUCAUCCACCUCCUCUUCCUCAUCUAGUCUCUCCAGUCCAGAUAACACGCUUCACCGAACCUCCCCUCUGCACCGCCAGCCUCAGCGAGACGUUGUUGAUGGCCUCCCCUGUUCUCCACCCAGCCAGCCCACGAAGAUCGGCCGAUUCCAGGUUACCGCCAGCAGUGACACCAGAGUUGGCCGUUUCUCAGUGAGUCGGGCUGUUGAUGAGCCACUGAAUCCUGCUCCAGAAUCUCCACAGCCUCAAAGCCAUCAAGCCACGGGCAAUGGUCCGGCACUCAGUCCCGAGGCCAAGAGCCUGGCCAGCAUUAACAACUCAUUUAACUCCUACAUCAGCAGUGACAACGACUCUGAGUUUGAGGAUGAGGACUUCAAACGUGAAAUCAGUAAACUUCGUGAAAAGCACAUGAUAGAGAGCCAGGCCUUGUACGCACGACAAAAAGAGGAGAUCGAUGCCCUCUACGCCCAAAAGGGCAAAGACCCACCUGCCAUGGUAAACCCACCUGCAAUAACCCUGGCAGGUCGUAGGCGCCGGCCCACCAAAAGCAAAAGCGGCAAAUCCGGACGUGCAAACUCACAGGGCAGCAGAAGCCCUGUUCAGCCAGGCAGCAGCACUUUAUCAGCACAGAGUGCUCCUUCAGUGUACCCAACUCAGCAGACCUGUCCUGCCACUGAGGGGGUGGCAGACACAGGGGGAAAACCUCUGUUCCAGUCUUUUAAGGCUUCACCCUCCAGCGUAGACCUGUAUUCUACUUACACCAGUGAUGCCACGCUGUCCGCCCCCAGCCUCUGUGUGUCCACUCAAGGCUGUGUAAAGUUCAGCUGUGGGUCGGAGAGAGUGAGCUUCAAACCAGGCGGCAGAAGGACCCGUUUUCUGAGUACGCCGUGCUUGGCUCUUUGGAAGAUGGUGAAAAAAGUGUGCCCCUGCAACCAACUUUGUAGGACGAGCAGCACGACCAUGGUAGGCGGACCAGGGCAGGGGCAGAACCAAACGCAGCCGCCGUCCACAGCAUCCCAGAGUCGCAAGGGAACGUUCACAGACGACCUGCACAAGCUGGUGGACAUCUGGGCCAGGGAUGCCAUGAACCUGACGCACGGCAAAAGGAGCUCGAAACAACAGCAGCAGCCUCCCUCUCAAGGCCAAAGCUAUGAUAUGCUCCCUCCUGGCAACAUGAGCCGCAAGUACUCCGCUCCGGGCCAGUUGUGCGCCAACCUGACCUCCUCCGUGUCCAACUCUUCUGCUACCUCUCUUGGGCCACGUAAAGGCUCCCUGUGCCCUACACCGCAGUAUAGCUUUCCUCCUUCACAGUACAGUGGCCCAUGGACCAGCACCUCUGUCACACACCCUCAGUCCUUGGGCCAGUUUCCUGCUGCCCCGGGUCCCCUGCAGGCCUUCCAUAUCAACAGCUUGCAAAAGUCAGUCAGCAAUCCAGGAGGGCCCAACCUUAGGACUACAUAGUGGCAGGUCUAGCCUGUAUCUAGAGCAUGAUCAUUUGGAUUGGGGCAGUAACACAGACGGGCUGACACAAAUGAAUUGGUGGUAAGGUUGACAUGGGUUCAGGCACACGUGUUGGGCUGUGUUGCACCUUUAAAGACGGUGAGAAGAGUUUUGUGUGAUCAGCCAGGGUUUGUGCCCAUGUUCUCCUGUAAAUUGUGGAGAUUCAUCACCCCACAGCAGGCUGACUGACAUGUUUGUGGGCGGAUUAACUGAAAGAGGACAGAAAUACUAAACGCAAUGAGAGCAGUUUUAGUGGCCAAAGAUGGUGACCAUUUUCUUGUUUAAAAAUCUCUGUUUGUAGUAAAUUGCUUCUUUGCUUGAAUGGAUCCAACAUUUGCACCAGUGGAUGUGGCUUGCACCAACCUAUCCUUUGCAAGUCUUUGGGUUAACCCUUUCUGACCGCUUUACUUCUUGCCCCACCCCACAGUCAGAUAAUGUGCCUGAGGACACUGAGUAUUAGUGGUAAAGAAAGAGAGAAAGGCAAGAGGAGAUGCCCUAUCUCGUCGCUAUAUGAAUCUGUUGCCAACCCAAUGUCUGUGCAAAUGCCAUACAGCCAUGCAAUACUUACAGUAAUGAAAAGCCCGUUUUUUUUUGUUUUUUUUCACAAAAAGUGGCCUUCAGUAGAGAAAAGGAGAACAGCUGAACCUAGGUACAGCAUCUCUUUUUAUCAAUUUGGACAUAUUUUAACUUUGGUUAUGUUUUAGUAAGAUUUCCAUGUGUGCCAAGGCCAUUCAGCCACCCCCGAUGAGUGACACUACAAAGCUAGUUCAAAUCCCAGCUUGCUCGUCCAUGUUCCUCCACCUCAGUCCAUCACCUUUUUACAUUUAGUGUAAAGCUAAGCCUUCAAGUUUAGCUUUACUCUGAUCUACAUGGAUUUAACCAUGCAUAAAACAUUUGCAAAGGAGUGUUUAUGCCUCACUUUUACAUUAACCCUUGCUGCUUCAUACAUCUAUCCCAGCAAAUUGAUUAUUCUGAAUGUCAGAGAUCAGUAGAGAUUUAAUUGGCUGUCAAUCUGUAAUGAUGUAUGACCUAUGAGUCUGCUAAAUUAAAUCCUACAGCACAAAAACACUAUAUUUUAAAGUAUUUGUCUCUCUACUGGCUGAAUAAGUGUGCUGUUUUAAUUUUUGGCAGCAGAAGUUAUGUAAGUAAGCUUUAAAUUUAAAAGACAUUCUGAAAAUUCUAAAUCUAUUCAGAAUCUAGUUUUACUGUAAGAAGGGGGACUGGAGAGCAUAUUGGUGAUUAUAUGGAGAUUCAGUUAACAAGGUGGGGGUUCCAGUCUGGCUUGUCCAUGUACAUGGGCUGAUGAAGCUUUAAAUCUAUCACCAUUGUAACGGCUUUUAUAAUCAUGAGUGCAUUAGGGACCUCUUUGGACAGGUUGAUGAUUUGAAUUGUAUGUUAAAUGAAAAAUGUGUUCUGUACGGACCUUUAUUUAUCCAUCAUUUAUUGAUGUUGAAACACUGUGAUUAUUAUAAAUGUUGUUGGACAACAUACGUUUAAAGCAAUGGUAGAAAGGGUGAAAUUGGGAGGGAGGAUGAUUGCUAUUAGGUGAAGUAAGGCUAGCUAUUACUUUCUACACAGCUUUAUUGGAGACACUUUACCAUUCUUCCCUUUGUACUUUCUCUUUGUAUUAGAUAAAUGUGAAUGUAAAAUGGGUUCAAUUAACAUACUUGAAUGACUGGUCCGUUUUUCCUCCUCCCCAGUGCCCAGUGAGUGUGCUGGAGUUUCUAGUGCCUUUCGUUAUUAUUAUUAUUAUUAUUAUUAUUUUCUUUUUUGCUUUGUUAUUGGAUGUUAAGGUAGCAGAUGUGCUUGGUGUUGGAGUGCUGGUGAAAACCGUAUACCUUGGGAAGACAAUGCAGGGUUUUGUGCCAAUUUUAACACCUGCUUAAAACUAUAUAAUAUAUAAGAGAGGAAAAAUAAUGAGACUGGCACUGGUUGAAAUGUGAAUAAAAUAGUCCCAACCUUCAAUAAAAGAUUAAUACUUUGUUGACUAGUAUAAAUCUGAAUCUAUGUUCUUAGAAUCUUCGCCACCUAUAGUUUACACCUAACCCAAAAAAUAUAUCUAAAAUGUUCUAAAUAUAAACCACAGAUACCAAAACUGCAAGACUCCACAAUAAUUAGUUAGCAUUAUACUAGAAAUACUUUACAUUGAUUACAUAGCGCCCUGCUAAUUAUUUUCUACUUUAUGUAUUGAACAAAUGCCUGCAUACUGCAAACUGAUGCAUACGUAUUAGCCCAAACAACCUUAAAAAUGUUAUUUGAGCCAAAAAGACUAUUGAUUCAGCUGUAACAGUGAUUUUAGAGCUGUUUUAAUAAUAGACACGUAGUAUUAUAGGCCUCUCCCCUUUAAAAUAGAAAGGUUUGACAUUUUAAUACAAAAGGGCAGUGUUAUCUUACUGACAUAUAUACAGUGGCUAACCUGAGCACUAAACCUGUUUUUAGUCUGGUGUUUGGUAGUCUUAGUCUAAUUCUUGGAUUGGGCUGCAUUGAACUGGAGUUAAGUACGUACACUAGCAAUGAUCAGGUUCUCCAGCUAAAGAAAUGACUUGCUUGAGGGAUAUUUUAGAUCCUCUGGUAACUGGUUCAGUAUGCAAGUCAGCACAUGCUUCCCACAUCAUAACCAUUAAGGCUCAAUUUUUUGGCAAAGACAGGUCAGUUGACUGCUUUGAUCCACAGUGCUCACAGGAGGUCACCCAAUCAGCAGAGUAGUGCGGCAGCCUUGUGUUGGCUACUCCGUAGAGUGCCUGAAAGAGAACGUUCCUAGCAUGUUGAAUGUUUUGAAACAGAUGGAUAAAAGAAUUGAAAUGACAGCUGAUGAGUUGUGAGUUGUUGUUUUUAAGAAAAGGGCUGGGUGCCAGUCUAUCACAGUAUAAUUAUAUAUCGUUUGAUGAUAAGAAUGUGUCACCUGAUGGAAAUUUGGCCUUACUAUUAAUAUUGUGGCAUAAACAGAAUGAUUUGUCUCAGAACCACUGCUUAUCUGAAUAUCGAUUGGUCAGCAGACAGAUUUCAUUCAUACAGGACACCAACUGAACAAG